AUGAUUUUCUUAGAUGAUUCUUCUUUUCUUACAACUUUUUAUCUUUCAGAUAAAGAGGGUUACUGUCCAUUAAGAAAUAGUGUUUCAAAAUGCAUCCCUAGAUGUGUUUCCGAUUACCAAUGUUCUUUUAAUGAAAAAUGUUGUCCAAAUAAAUGUGGAAGUAAAUCUUGUGUUCAAGCAAGUCCUAUUAAUACUGGCAAUGGAUAUAAAGGAUCAUCGAACGAUGAUGUUUAUUGCGCUGGAAUAAAAUGUGGUCCAUAUGAAAAAUGUCAAUUUGAUCGUAGAACAAAACGAGAGAAAUGUGUUCGUACAUAGAUGAUUUUCUUAGAUGUAAUAUAUUUUUUAUGAAAUAAAUAAUUUCUUUUUU